AACCCGGGUAUAUAUUACUCGCAAUUUUGUGGUCGAGAUCCAGUUCCCACGUGCAAGCCAAGGGUGAGACAGAACGUUCUUGUUUCGAAAAUGGUAAGAAAGUUUAAGCAGUCAUAUUCUUGCAUAUAUCAGUAUAUCUCGUUUUCGGAAAAGUCUGGCUCUUUAGGGAAUGUUUUAUUGCACUUGACUGGGUUUCCACUUGGAAAUUGUACCGUCGCGAACAUCAGCAACAUCGAGAUCGAACGUGAUGUGCUGACUUGGCCACUUGGAAGCCUUUUGUAGUUGGAAAAAAUGCUCUGUGAUCAGUAACUCAUAAUUUUUGUAAUAGCAAGUUCGUAUGACAACUUGGUGGAGAGAAUAUAACUAUUUGUGCUUUUCUCUUUUUAACAGGACAGUCAAUCUACGUACCUAUUUGGUAAACGAUUUAAGAACCGGCUGUUUGUGGGGGGAUUACCAGUGGACGUAAGUCAAUACUCUGCUUUUUUUAAUGGUCGAUUUUAUAUUUUAACGCCUAAAAAGGUGGAUUUGGCGUGUCUGAGAUGUGAGAGUCUCGAAGAUGCUAGAGUAGUUGCCACUUAAAAACCGCGGGAGGCCAAAAUGAUGACCAGUGAUCGCAUUUGCUGAAAGUGGAGAAAUCCCCCGCGUUUCGACUGUUAUGUCCAAAGUGUUUGCGAGUUUACACAAUUGCUAUAUUUGAAGAAGUAUUUCUAAAAAUUUUGAUUGAUUUUCCGUAGUUUUGCUGUCCUUUCGCAAACAAGGCUGCUUGUUUGAUUUGGGUCUGUCGCGCGCGCGCGCGCGCUUGCUGGAUCUCAAGAAAACGUUAACAGCUUUAAAGAUAUCGAAAGAAACGAAUACCCUUUCAAAUCGCUUAAAACCGAAGUUGCUUCUUGUUUAGGUUCGAUAGAGGUAUCAUGAACUGUGAAAAUUUUUAAAAAUCCCUUUGAAUUUGGGGAUAACAUUUAGCCCGCGUCGAUUGCUGUAAAAAUAUUUAAUUUUCAAUCCUCUUGCAUGAAGUGAUUUGCUUCCGGUUGAUCGUCUUAAUAAUUUUUUUGUGGGAUUGAGAUUGUGAUUAUCGUUAUCGCAACAAUUUUUGAAUUACCAAUGUAAAAUAAACCUUGUUGCCGGCGAAAUCUUUUGUCGUCUUAGUCUUCGGCGAUAAGCCAUUAUUGUAAUUAUGCAUCAGAAAGCGCGCCAAUAUUGGCGCGCUCUAAUUAUUCGCUACAUCCGAAAGUGCUCUUGGGAAUGUAAAAUGGCAGGCGCAAAGAGCGGGCUAAGUUUUGGAUGGGAACAAAUUGAAUUUAAAGGCAGAGACUGUUCAUACGACAUCAUGUCUCACUAUGGAGUAGAAAAUUAUUUUGUUGUUCUUUUUUAGAAGUGAAAGUACUCGUGGCCGCAUCCUGAUUUACCAAAAUGUAUUUUUUUUGCAGACAACAGCUCAAGAGCUUGCCGAAUAUUUUUCCAAUUUCAGCGUGGUUAUAGAGGCAAAAGUCAUCUUUGAUGAACAUCAAAUCCCAAAGGGGUAAGAGAGAUCGGUCAGUAAAUAAUUUGCCUAAAACUCUGACACACAUGACUCUAAAGUCCUUAGAUAAAGGCCCAAAAAAUUGCCACAGAAGCCAGGAGAAGGUAACAAAUCUCACCAACGGAUCAUAUAAAUUUAAACUUGCGUACUUUAGACAGAAAAAAAUUCUCACCAGAAGAACAAAGUAGCACAGAAAAAAGAAAUUAAGACGGAAUCCACCAGGAAAUUCUUCUUCACAUUUUUUAAGGUCUAAAGAGGUAAUUAUUAGUCAUCUGCAAUACAUCAGUCAAUUCCAGCUGCGCCCAGUGCUGGGGCUGGGGUUGGCAAAUGCCCGGCCCUCGGGCAGUGCAAAAUUUGCAAAUGCCCCACCCCAGGGGACUGGGUGCGGUUUGAAUUGACUGAUGCAUAAUAACACCAAAGAAAAUUUCUCUUGGGAGUUCGAGAAAAUGAACAUCAAAUUUCACAAGAAUUGUGAAAACACAGGUAAAAUUCUAAAAAUUUCACGUGUAAGAUGUAAUUUUGUGAAAUUUGAAAUAAUUUCAUUUUCUCAGGCUCCCAUAAGAAAUUUUCUUUGGUGUUAUUACAGAUGACUAAUAACAUCUUUAGCCCUUGAAAAAUGUAAAAAAGAGUGCAAAAUGCUUUAAAUUGUUCUAGUACAAGGUUUUUGUCCACUGAGAAUUGAAAUUACUCAAUUUCCUGGUGGAUUCCGUGUUAAACACAAACAUAGGAGAUAAAGACUAGCACAGGAGAAAGAGCUCGUUUUUCGGCACCAAUUAUUGCCAACAACCAGCCUUGCCAAGUGUGUUAAAAGGCAAUUCGUAUGGAUUUGUAAGUUAUGCGUGAGAAAUUGUCUUUCAUGCACGAGAUCAACUUCUUCCGUUAGGACUCAUGGAGUCUGGUGAACAGAGGAAGAGAAUAACCUUUUGAAAUGUUUAUUAUUCUACUGUUAUUCACCAAAUGUCUGUAUAGAGUAUGUUUAGUUCAUAGGAGAAACAGUUAAUAGCCAGCUCUGCUAUGAAUAAUAGACCUUUAUCUUUAUUUUACAGUUAUGGGUUUGUGACCUUUUCAAGUGAGGAGGAUGUGCGCAAUGUCACAGAAAUGGUAGGUAUUACUUGUGGUCUUUCACUGCAAACAUGACACUGUGACCACUGUAACCGGGGCCAGUUUGACAAAGUUGACCAAUCCGAUUACAGGAGAAUAACAAUACAUUCAAAGAAAAUUGGUUGUUGGCAGCUUGUAAAAAAAAACCCAAUAAUUUACUCGAAACACGAAGUUUAAUAUUGAUAGCAAACAUUAUUAGGGAAAGCAAAAUGUUUAGAAACUCCAGACAUUUUUCCAAACUUUGCAUACAACACCCAGGAGACAUUUCUUUGACACAAGCUGUAUUUUUUAUUUUGUCAUCUACCAGCAUUUUCUUUGCUCCUAUUUCCUUGCUUUUCAGAAACAUGUGACCGCAAGUCAAAAUUAUAACUAUCAUUUAUGUUUUUCGCCUCCGUCAUCCACUCUAAUGAACCUCUCAGGAAACACAUGCUUUGUUCAGCGGGUUCAAAAGGUCGUGUCUGUAGGUUGCAAUUGGUUGAUUUCGAUCCAUGUUGUUUGUUUUGUUUAAUGGUAGUUAUGAUUGACAACUCACUUUCUCGGAAUGUAUUAUUAUUUUUUGGUAAUCCAGUUGGUUAACUUUAUCUAGUUGGCCCCGCUGUAGUAAUCCCACUGUAAUGCAUAGCGUGUGGCACAAAAUAAUUCAUUUUUGCGGAAGUUUAUUUUUGGAUAAAGGUGAUAUUUUGUGUUUUGCGGGAAAUAAUUUUUACAAUUAUAACAGAUUGUUUUUUUUUUGUGGGAAUUAAUUUUUGCGAUUUUCACAAAGUACCCAAAGCCCAGCAUUGACAAUAUUUUUGUUUUUGAGUACAUGCAAUAGAAAUACAUAUUUCAAACAUGGUUGAACCAGUAUACUGUAUUUCUUUGUAAAUCACUUUGUUUUUGAAUGAAAGAGACAAGUAAUUAUUGAACAGAUGCGGUUUCUUAUAAGUACUGUAUUUUUGUGUAGGGGAUUCUUUAAGUUAGAGAAUAUUUACUCUGGAGUAAAUUUUCUCAGGAAUUGUGUUUGCUGUUUGAUUUUUCUUCUUCUUAAUAAUGCAUAUGAUGAGCAAUUUAAAAUUUUCUGAGCCCUCUAUAAUGAAAGGGAUUUUUAUAAAUUUUAUUUCUAGCAGUUUUCAUUUCUUUUUAAUUUAUUUUUUUGUUUUCUCCAGACCUGUCACCCUUUUGAAUUUAUAUGAUCUUUGUUAAAUUUUCACAGGGGACCCUCUUCUUACGUAAUAAGAAAUUGAAUUUAGGCCCGGCGGUUAAGAAGCAGGUAGGAUUUGCUUUUAUUUAAUAUUUCUAGUCUGGUUUGAAAGAAAAUGCAUGUGGGCUAUUUCAGUAAUUAAAGAAGUCUUCUUGAGCACUUGAAAAGAAUUGACUUUUGUCCUUCGUGAUGUUUACAACAGUAUUUGUAUUAUGUUUAAGCUGACAAAAUGUCUAUUUAGGUACAUGCAUGCAAUUAUACCUUAUAACUAUUGACCAUUGUUGAACCAUCCUUAGUGUUUUGAGUGGUCACUUUUGUGUUUUGCUCAUAAAUGUUGAUGGCCAAUUCCAAUUGGUUGAAUUGGACUGCGUUUUGUAACUCGGCUUCUUUGAAUGGUUUGUUUAAAACUAACAGAUGUAAAUAUUUUUGCCCCAUUGUCAUUUUAUUAUUGUAUAUUUGUUAUUACUGUAUAUUAAGACAGAAUAGCCCCAUAUAGAGGAGUCGUAAUAAAGUGUAUGUUAUGUUAUGUUAUGUUAUGUAAUGAAGUUGCUGUGGCUGCAUGGAGACCCUGUGAAAUAUUCAAUGGUGAAUCCGUUACUUUUUGUUUUGGCUUAUCAGAGAGUUAUUAAUCCAUUAGUAGUGGUAUAAAGUAGAUGUUAUUUUCUUUUGUUUCUACAGGUACCCACUCCUGUGGUGGAGAACUCAGAAUUAGUUGUAGGUAUGUUUCUUUUCCUCGUUGCUCUUCCUUUUUUGCUAUAAAAUCUUAUUACUAGACAAACAUUCGACUGUGGAUGUUGUGGUUCAAUUUCAUCCUUGACUCUAAUUUUUUUUCCCUUUUGUUUCAAAGUCACUAUCAUAGACUACCAGUGUACUUAAAAACAUUAGUGAUAUUAAAAAUUUAAACUAAGGAUAAAACUGGACCACAUUAUAAUAUGAACAAGAAUAAUUUUAGAAAGACUUUUAUUUUCUUACUUUAUUUUAUGCCAUUCAUUCUUUUCCUUUAGUUUCUGACAAUAUGAGAGGGGAGUUUUUCUACCCAUGCCCAGUCAGUACAGUUCCUGUUAAUCCAUACCAGGUAAUUUUCUGAAAGAUUUCAGUGCAGCAAAAUGAUUUUGCUCUUUUUAAGUCGGUUGGUUUAAAGUGUAGGGUUUCAUUUUGAUGCCAAUAUUUCUAGUAUUGUAAAACUUUGUUCAUGAAUGGAUGCUUUUAAGGCCGGUUUUCACUUGCGUUGGAGUCAUAAGUGGAGUCAUAAGCGCAACAGAAUUGGAGUCAGAAGAAUCUUAACAUUUCCAUUUUCCUCCAACUCUGCUUACGACUCCAUCUCUGGCGUUCCACUUAUGAUCUAGUGAAAUCCAGAUUGUCUGAGUUGGAAGCAUAGGGAAAAGGAUUAUAUGCUUUGUGGCUGGUUUAGUUGGUCUGCUUCUGAUAUGGUAGAUUAGUUACUGCAGAUCACAAGGCAAGGGCAACGUGAAAUCAAGAGAAGUAAUUUACGAACGGCACACAUUUUGGUUACAAGUGUAUGUUGAACUGCUUAAAAAAUAAUUCUAACAAUAUGCUUGACCAGAAAGCUUUUUUCAAAAGUGGUAACCCAAGGUCAUGGAAAACUGGAAAAGUCAUGGAAUUUGAAGACCUCAAAAGAAAGUUAUUAAACCCUGUUGUAGCUAAAGCUAUGCUGAUUGUUAAGCUAAAGCUUAACUGAUUUUUUCCAUUCUCUAGGCCUGCCAUCCAGUUCCUCAUGCAUAUUAUGCACCCUCAGGAUAUGUUAAUAUGCAGACUGGUAAGAUUCAACAGUUUUCGUAGCAUUAGAAAAUAUUAACAUGGGCUGCUUCAUUGUUGUUGAAUAAGAGGAAUUUCCCAGUAGAAAAAAAAAUAUAGUUAAAAAGAAAGUCACGUAUUUUUUUGACAAAUCUGACCUAGAGCUGCUAGAAAUGCCUUUUGGGAUGAAUUAAAUAAUUUUGUCCACUUACAACCUGUAACUUUGUUUUGCAGCAUGGAAACAACCUGAUCUCCAGAUUGCUCCACCUUUUUCAGUCAAUGUGUCGUCAGGCCAUACACAUACUGUAAGUUUAAGCUUUAGUCCACUAGACAUAUCCUCUCCCUCGCUUUCCACUAUGGAAAUCUUAUUUAAUGCAAUUUUCUAUAGACAUAUAGUAUAGGCACAUAUCAAAAGUCAGAACUGGUUUGCCUGACUAGUUAUUUUGUAGUUAGCUCUUUUGAAAGAUUUUGAAAAGCCAAUUUUUUUUGCCCAGUACACUGUUCUGGAAAUAGACUGACAAGGCUUGAUAGUCCCUAUAAAUAUUGUGGAAUAUUCUCUUUAUGACAAAAAUGGUUCAGCCUGCUUGACGUUUUAACUGACAUAAAUUUGUUUAUCUAAGAGAGCUGUUAAAAUAACAACAAAAGACUGGGGGGGUACUUGGGUUAAUUUUUGCUGGGUAUGUGUCGCAGGCCUCUCAGAGCCCUUUCCCCAUUAUAGUCUAUUCUGUGGACAAUUAUAGACCCCAUCUUCGUCACUUUUGGGCAAAUAUGUAGUUUUCGCAAUCCCAAAUUAGUCACUUUCUAUAUUUAUGAAUUGACCCAUUUUUUAAAUUGAAUGAAGAACACUUUACUUUUCAACUGUGGUACAAACAUUCUGGUACGUUUCUAACUGUAAAUAUGAACAACUCUCUUACCCCAAAAAUCCGAAAAUGUGCGACCCCAUUUUAGUAACAAUCGAAAAUGCAAUCCCAUUAUAGUCAAUCCAGUCGUGAAAAUGUGACCCAAUCCAGCGGCACAUCCCCAUUAGCCUCUUAAAAGGAAGUAUCCCCCCCCCGCACCCCACCCCCCGGGAUGCAUGCUGACACAACUAUUUUUUUUAUGGUUAAGAUUUUUUUCCCCAUUAAUUAACCUCUUCUCCCAAUUCAUUUCAGAUGAGGCACCCAAGGAGACGUGCUCCAAGAUUUCGAAAAAUGCAGAGAGAUACAGUGUAAUAUUUUCACUGUAUAUCUCUGAUUAUAAUUAUUAUACCGGUAAUCAUACUUAUAAAUAAAUUAGGAGUUCCAUAAAAGGCCUGCAAUCACCAGCCAACUUAGUCUGUUAUGGGUAUGCAAUGGUAACACCAAGACUUUUUAGUACUGUCUUAAUUCAAUUAAAUACCAUGGUGUUUAUUAAAUUUUUAGCAUUUCCAAUGCGGCGUUUAUUCAAGGGUGGCCUUUAUUUGGAAAUCACAUUUUUCAAAUCCCUGACAACAGUUAUUGACCACUCCAGAAAAUACCAUGGCAUACCAUAGUGCUCUUUGUUUGUCACCCCAAAAUUUUGCAUGAGCAUUGGCUUCAGUUUCUCUUAGGAGUUAAAAUGGCCCCAAGAGAAACUAAAAACAAUGCUUAUGCAAAAUUUUGGGGCAACAAACAAACAGCAUUAUGGUAUGUUAUUGUAUUUUCUGGAGCGGUAAAUUGUAAAUCAUUAAGUGUAAAUAUUUUGUAUUUUAAAGGUUCCAAUGUAUCUCUUAUUUUGCUGAGAUAGAUAGAAUCCUAAAUGUCUGGAUAGUGUAAAUUGCCAAGUUGUACUUACCGGUAGGUUUUCCUUAUUAUCCUUGAGUAAACGCUGCAUUAUUCUGAUUAGGUUUCGAGACCUUAAGACUUCUGUUUAGUCAAACCAAACCUGUGACAACAUUUUUUUGAAAUGAUAAUUCCUUUGAAAUUCAAUCAAAACAUGACUGAAAUUUUUAAAGUGGGUAAACUUCCCUUUGUGACCUCUAACAGCCUUGGCUUCUACAACCUCUUAUUAUUUUCAAAAAUUGCAAGUACAACAAUACUAUUAUGACUGUUAACUUACAUAGAGUUAAACCACACUUACAAAACUACAUACAUUUCCAGUAUUAAUGCCCCAAAUUCUAUCAUGCCUCCAAUUUUACAUUCUAAAAAUUCAUAUUUUGUGAGACUUGCCACUUUUGAAUAGACCAUUGUAUACCCAUGCUUAAUGAUUUUUUGUGGCAGUCUUGUUAUCUUGACUGACUGUGCGUAAGGAAUAUUAAUCUUUCCUUGCUUGGUCGCUAUGUCACUGCUCCAGUCCAGCCCAAACUCUUGAUGUGAUGUAAGCUCGUAACGAGGUAACUCGAACCCUAAUUUCUGGAACAGAGAUAUCUUUUUAUAUAGAUUUGUCCAAGUCAUGUGGACACAGCUUGAGCUUUUCAUAUCGUAAUUUACUACCUUUGCAAGAAUUUUACUUUUUUAUUCUCUUUAAUGGCAUUUUAUUAAUUGACCUGGAAGAUCUUUUGGCUUAAAAUUCUCAGUUAAUUGCUUUAAUUUUUUAUCUCAGCUCAUGAAAGUCUUCAGCAUGUUUCUGUGCAAAUUCACU